AUCGAACGCAACUCAGAUCAACCGCAACUUUGCGGGUGAUAUCUUACGCAACUUGCAAUCUAUCGCAAAUCUCCGUUGCAGAAAACAAGUUGCGAUCGAUUGCAACUUGCGUUUGAUUCGGGUGUGAGAAAAAAUAAAAAAUCUUCGUGAACGAGCCUGAUAUGAUCGCGCGCUGUUUUAACCCGCGAAAAUGUUACAGAAAUUCACUGCCUGCACCGGAACUUUCUGCAAAGAUUUCACAAGUUUCAAGCCAAUACAACAAUGGAAGGUGACAAGAAAAAAAGACGAAGAAAUUGGCAUGAUGGGGAGGUACACUGCCUGUGCCAAUUUGUGCAAAAGCACAAAUAUGUGCUUUUUGGCAAGGCUGGCCAUGCCAGCGUUCCGGUGGAAAAAAGAAAAAAAAAGUACUGGAGAAAAGCAACAGCGAUACUCCGGGCUAACGGCUACCAGCGGGAGGAGGAAGAGAUCAUCCGGAAGUGGGCCGACCUGAAGCAGAGAGCUUUGAAGUACAAGGCUCAGCGAAACAUGACAGGUGGGGGCAGCCUUGAAAUCCGGCCCACGUUAGAGGCUGUUCUGGAGAUUCUCGCAAGAGAAACGGUGGAGGGGGUAGUCGGGUCCUCCGACGAAGCAGGCUUCAGCUCGUCCCAAGACACAAUAGAUGGAGACAAUGAGGCUUGCCUGCUGUUUAGCAGCAUGGCAGCAGGAGCAUGUUCACGCACCCCUGUUCCUGUCAACACUACCUCCGCUGCAGUCAACACCACCACCAUUUCCGUCAACACCACCACUGCUACCACAACCACUACCACAACUGCAAUAGCUGCUGCAACCACCUCCGCCUCCACCACCAAGACCCCUCCAAGAAAAUUGUCCCCAACUGACCAGCUUGUAGAGCUGGAGAGGGAGAGGAUUCGACUGCUUGAGAAACAAGUUUCGCUCUCUGCAGAGCGAAACUUGUUUCUCAGUAGAAUUGCAAAUGCCUUAGAGGUCAUGGAAAAAAAUGGCAUUCAGUCAUUGGGAAUGAUUGAACUUUAAGCCAUUUGCAAUGUGUAUUUCAUGUGAUGUCCACCUUGAUAACAACAAGCUGAAACUUCAGGAUAGCUAUAUAACUUACAACUGCUGCAUUUGCUAGAAAAGUUUGCAUUGACAGUGAAAUCAAACUUACCAAAGAAAGAGAUCCAUUAUACAGGAGACUUAUUCUACAGAGCAUACAUUCCUUUGAAAAAAGGAACAAGAGUUUUUGGCCAUGGAAAAAAUGACAACUUGAAUAACUAAAAUAUAAUUACAUUGAAGUACAUGUAAAUUCAAUGUAGAUUAAAAGUCUAAUAACCUUCAAGGUAGUGUUUUUUAUGGUAUAAAAAUCCAGCACAUCAAGGGUAUAUUGAUGCUCACCCUGUUACAACAUUUCAAUGUUGUGCUGAUUAUCAACACUUGCUGAGGUUGAGAUUUAAUAUCGAUGUCUGACAUCAGAGGGAGUUUUAACUCAAUCACUUUGACAGAUGCGUUAGAUUAUGUAAAGAAUAAAAAAACCAAAUCAUUCCCUUUCUCGAGACACUUGCUUUUUAAACGAUGGUAGAUUCCCUUGCAUUGUUGUAUACGAGAAUAAUAACAUUACAACUCAGUAUGUUUUACAUAUGUCUUGCCAUAAUAGGAACAUUUUAAAAUACUCAGUAUUUUUUCUGUACAGUAGUAUGUGAAUGUCUUGCCAUAGUAGGAACAUUAUUUAAAAUUGUGUUCUUAAAAUCUUCACCACAGAAACAGAAUGUGUGCCAUUUAAUGCAUAUUUAAAAUGCAUUUCAAAAGUACAAGUUAACAGAAGGAGAAGAGAGUGAAGCUCAUUAUUUAAUAUGAAUGUGAAUUCUUUACUUGGCUUUUACAACAUGAAGUGUUAACUGUGCUAUAGCAAAUCACAGUUUCAUGUAGUGAACAGUAAAUAUUUAUUCAUAAUGGAAGAGCAUCAGUGUAUAUAAUUUGAAAACGGUAUGACCAUGUUGUUUAGUAUUUUUAAAAGGGACUCCAACCAAAAGAAAUUUGACCAACAAGUGUGUAGAAGGUUAUACGUAAUUGCCAGCUCCAAAUAUUACAUUUUAAUCAACUUGUUAUCCUUAUGAAAAAGGGGGGCGGUGUAAAUUAUUAGUGCUUACAGCAUUACAUAAAUCCCAGCAUUGAUAUAAUGAAAAAGCCAUUGAAAAAUGAUGUACUACACAACAAAAGACUGUACGAUCUGGGCCCGGACAGCGAUGGCUGCUGCAUCUCCCCUUUCCCUGUUGAUUUCUCCUUCCAUGUUGUCAUCGAUCAUGUGGUCAUCUUCAUUAUCGUCUCCUGCUGGCUGUCUGAAUCUUUUACUAAUGUUAAAUAAUAUGCAACAUGCUGUGAUGAUACUGCAGGCCCUAUUUGGUCGAAUUUGUAGGCCAUGACCGAGCAGACAUCUAAAUUUAUUUUUCAACUGUCCAUUCAAUUGUUCGAUAAUUGAUCUCGUCUUGCACUGUGCACUGUGGAAUAAAGUAGAUAAUGUAUGAUUAUCAAAAUAAUUUCAUUUCAAGCAAAAUGAUAUUUAAAGACAAAUUGAAGUGUAUCUUUUAAAGGCAAUCUGUAUGGACAAAAAUAUUCAAGAUAGCUUUGUGCUGAGAAAAAAAGAAAUUAGGAAAACAUUUGGUUUGAAAAGAAGCUACAAAAGGUAUCAAUAUUUCGGCAUUUUAAGACUACGAAGGCUGAGGAUAAGCGGAUAUAUCUCAAAGCAAACAAUGUCAUUGUUAGUGGAUACAUGAAGUAUAGAAAACAUAACAGAGUACAUGUACAUGUCUAGUUGUAAAUUUUCCAGGAUUUCUUGUAAUCACAUAUGAGUCUGCCAAAAUCAAAUAUAAGAAUUACUUUUCACUACCUGGCAGUUAUGACUUGAAAAGGUAGACUUAUGCAGACACUAUUGAUAUACGAUUAGUUGCAUGGUGGAUCAUAAGUUGAGUGUCGACUGUUAUGUGUAGCAUUUAUUACAUGGUACAGAAAUCGCUCAUUCAAGCGAUUUCAAAAAUUUUCUUUUUUUACAAGGAAAAGUUGAAUUGCUCACUUGUUGUAGGCUUGUUCCUCUGGUGUCUGUGGAUUAAGGAUGGGGGUCAUUAACCAUGUCAUCAAGGGAUAACCAGAGUCACCGAGGAUGAUCCCUUUCAGUUCUCCAUUAUUGUACUUGCGGUACAGUCUGCUAUUCUGUUAACAAAUUAAUAGAUGAAUAAAUCAAAGUUACUAAGAUAUCUCGGGUUUAUGGUGAUGCUUUUCUAACAAUUAAGUUCGCUUAAUCUUGUGAAGAUUUGGAUUUUCCUUUCCAUAAUGAUUUUUUUGAGCAAGGAUUUGUAAUGUAUUGCGUGGGAUCUAUGAUCAUAUGCAAAGUGGCAAUUUAAGUCCACAGCAAUUUAUAUAGUAUUUGACAUAAAGUACAAUAAUACACUUCAAGAAUACAAUUGUACAAAUCUAAGAUGCAAAUGAUGCUGAUUAUUUUACCCCCAAAGAAUAAUUAUGACCGUGGUAACUGAUAAAGGUCUGCAAGCGUUGACUAUACUAUGUUAUUUCAUAUGACCACUAGGAGCUGGCUCCUACAAAGAUGGUCACAGUGAUGUUGUUGCAGCUAACCUAAUAUAUGUCUUUUGUACGUUACAAAGAUCUGACUACUAGUAUGUUGUUUGCCUCCAACAUAAGUCUGUAAUAAUUACCUGAAGAACUCUGGAGUCGUGGGUACUCCCCGGCCAUCUUGCAACGACAUUGAUUAUCUGGAAUUUUGUAUUGCAAGCUAAUUGGACAUUGAUGGAAGACCUGCCCUUCCUAUUGGUGUAGACGUAUUCGUCGGGGCCUAAUGGGCAGCCAUGAAGGCACACAUGGGUACCAUCAACAGCCCCUACCACUCUCGGAAAUCUUGCAAUUCUAUAAAAAUCCUGAAUGUUGGCAGCUGUUUCUUCAUCGGUCCUUGGGAACUUGAUGAACUGUCAACACAUACAGGAUAAAGAAAACAAAGAGAAUAUUUAACAUUAUUUUGUGGAAUUAAAGAUAAAUCUCUUUUAUUGCACUGUUAUGCUGAGAAAAAAAUAUUACACUUGUAUAUACUUUUG